CAGGCAGGCGGGUGCAGCGCCGCGGCCGCCGCUGACAGCGCCGCGCUCGCAGGUCCCUGCCCGCAGCUCCUGCCGCUCCUGCCAGCAUUCUCCCAGGUCCGGCCCCCUCGUCCGCCUCGCAUUUGGGAUUAACUCGCCUAUGGAGAGAUGGUCCUAGCUGAAUUAUUUAAAGAUACUUAAGCACAGAAUUUCCCCCAGCAGUCAGACUGAUUUCUCAAUGGAGCCCCGGAUCCCUCACAACAUCACCGUCGUCCCCAACUCUGUGAUGGUGCAGCCCUUGCUGGACGGCCGGAUCCCCUACGGGCGGCUGCAGCACCCGCUGACCAUCCUGCCCAUCGACCAGAUGAAGAGCACCCACCUGGAGAACGACUACACCGACAACCCCGGCGCCUCCCAGCCGCCGGCCCAGAAGCGGCCCCGAGCCCCCCACGAGCUGGGCUCGGCCAGCCAGCACCCGCAGCGCUGCGAGCAGGAUGUCACCCACCCCUGGAUCUCCUUCAGCGGGCGCCCCAGCUCCAUCAGCAGCAGCAGCAGCACAUCCUCAGACCAAAGGCUCCUGGACCACAUGGCCCCGGUGCCCGUGGCGGAGCAAUCGUCCCCCCGCGCCGUUCGCAUCCAGCCCAAGGUGAUCAACUGCAAGCCCCUGGACCUGAAGGGCCCCGUGUCCCAGGAGCUGGACAAGCACUUCCUGCUGUGCGAGGCCUGUGGGAAAUGCAAGUGCAAGGAGUGUGCCCUGCCCCGGACUCUGCCCUCGUGCUGGGUGUGCAACCAGGAGUGUCUGUGCUCGGCGCAGAACCUGGUCAACUACUCCACCUGCAUGUGCCUGGUCAAGGGCGUCUUCUACCACUGCACCAACGAGGACGACGAGGGCACGUGUGCCGACCACCCCUGCUCCUGCUCCCAGUCCAACUGCUGCGCCCGCUGGUCCUUCAUGAGCGCCCUGUCCCUGGUGCUGCCCUGCCUGCUCUGCUACCUGCCGGCCACCGGCUGCGUCAAGCUGAGCCAGAGAUGCUACGACCAAGUGAGCCGGCCCGGAUGCAGAUGCAAAAACACAAACAGUGUCAUUUGCAAGGCGUUGCCCGAGAGCAAAGGGGCAGAAAAGCCCUUUUAAUGGUUUGGGAGGAGGAGAUGGGAGGAUGCUCCGUGGAGCAGGGGGUGUUGGCUCUUUUUAAUAACCUGUGUUCUGAGGAGAGCGUCGGCCUCUUGCCUUCGGAGAAAGCGGAAGCAACUGUUUCCACAAACUGAAGCACUUUGGGUUAUUCAGGGUUUUUGGAACUGGUCGCAGUUGAAAUAGAUGGGGCCAAAGGAGGAAUGUUAAUAAUGCAGAGCGAAGACUGCAAACCCGUGUACAUCAAGAAGUACAGCUGCUGAAAAACUCCCAGCUUGGAGGGACGGCUGCUCACCAGGCCUGCACACCACAGGAACCAUUAACUGCUCGCUUGGCAGGCACCACCUCACAGCCAAUCCCCAUUCCCAGCUGCAAAAGGCUGCUUUGAAUUCAGAUUCAGGGCGGGCUACUUGCUUCCUGUCUCCUUCCGAGCCCCAGCUCGCUCCCAGCAGCCUGCUGAAGGCGAUGGGGGAGCUCCCUCCACCCUCCUAGACACCACUCCAAGGGCUGGUUGCACACAAAGUACGUGUCUCUCUAAAGCUUUCUGUGUCCCUCAAAGAUUUUUGGACCAGAAGUGAAGCUACAUUUCAUUUGUGGAUGGGUCUUCUGCCCUUUGGGCGUAUCCCACCCGACCCCACUGGUUUGGACCCUCUUUCUAAAGCAAGAUGGUAGCAGGGCUGCUCCUCCCAGGAGGAACUGCAGCAGGAUGUGUUCGGGCAGUUGUAUCAACGCCGGGUCCUCCUGCCUGUAAGCUGAUGCUUGGCAUCAGGUUUCACUCAGUGGAAUACGAGUUUUCCCUCAGCAGAGCAGCCCCUGUGCAGGAGGAAGGUGGCUGAUCCCGUUCCCCCAGGCCCCGCUCACUCCCAGAGCAAAGGGGAUGCAACUCGAGCCACAAAGCGAAGACGGGCGGGGUUUGUUCCAAUAAACCUCUUAAGCUCUGGUAAGAAGUCCCACAAACCUAAGUGUACGAUGCACAUAGAUGUAUUUUUCUAGGGGUCUCAAUCCAGUACCUCCCCUCCUGGAACAAGCUCUUUACUCAUUAGAUAUUAAGAUUUGUUUUUGUCUUGGGGGUGAAUGGCAUUUGCUUGAAGUACAGGACAUUCCCCCACCCCUACUGCUGCUGUUUGACUUUUGCCUCUUCUGUACAAAAGUGUCUUUUUAAAUGUAAAGAAUGCUUUUAGUGUUUAUUUUAGUGUUAACACACACUAGGGAAAGCCAGGGGAAGGAAGAGAGUGCAGUUAAGGAGCGGGCCCAUGGUUUUCAGCACGCAAAUAUUGGCUCUGUCCCUGCCCUCCUCCUGGGGCUGGUUCUGCCCUCCCCAAGGAUGCUGCCACCCCUCUCUCUUGACAACUACAAGGUGCUAGAGAAGAAUCUUGGUCCAAACAUGCAACACUCUAAUGAGGAGGUAGGUACUUGUUGCAUGCAGAAAACUGACCUAGUCUCUCUUGGUGUUUUUAAUUAGAGGAGAUUUCCUCAGUAAAUGCACAGCAGUGACAGUGAAAUGUCAUCUCUAAUUAGACAAGCAAUAGGCAGAGCUCAUGUAGCAUUUCCAGGAAUCCCCUUGGCCUGGGCAGGGGCUGGCAGGAGCACCCUGGUGGGACUCUGGUGUCUUCGGGUUGCAGAAUUCAGCUCAGCUGGAUGGCUUGGGGUUUAGUUCAAUGGAAUUGUAGAUAUUUCUUGAAUGGGGGGAGUUAAAAAAAAAGAAAA